UCAUUGUGACUGCUGAAACACAAAUCUCUCAGCUGUUUCUAAUCAGGCCUGAUUCUCCAAAGCCACACACCAUAUGAAUGCUGCUGAGUGUUUGCCUAUUAUGUUUUCAGUCAGGCUGCUGCUCCUGCUCCUGCUCGUGCCACUCAACUACUGCCCAAAGUUUGUUUUCUGAGCAUGAGGUUAUAGGCACGAAGCCAUGUCUGAAAUUAAAACGUGGGCUUUCUGGAGGGCAUUCCUCGCCGAGUCUCUCGGAAUGAUGAUCUUUGUCUUCAUCGGCCUCUCAGCUGCAAUUGGGGACAGGAAUAAUACUUACCCUGACCAGGAGAUAAAAGUGGCAUUGGCCUUUGGCUUGGCCAUCGCUACAUUAGCCCAGAGUAUAGGUCACAUCAGCGGUGCCCACCUGAAUCCUGCCAUCACCCUCGGCCUCCUUGCCAGCUGCCAGAUGAGUAUCCUCCGAGCCCUUUUCUACGUAAUCGCUCAGAUUUUGGGAGCAGUGGCUGGCAGUGCCUUUGUGAACGCUAUCAGGCCAGAAAUCAUUGAUUCACUCGGUGUUAACAAGCUAAAUGGAGUCAGCCCAAGUCAAGGUUUCGCUAUAGAGUUCCUGCUCACCUUCCAGCUGGUGCUGUGUGUGCUCGCAGUCACUGACAAACGACGUGAUGUAGCUGGAUUUGCACCUCUGGCUAUCGGACUCUCUGUAGCGUUGGGACACCUCGCCGGGAUCCGCUACACAGGAUGCGGCAUCAACCCAGCUCGAUCCUUUGGGCCUGCAAUUAUACUGCAGUCAUUUGAUGACCAUUGGGUAUACUGGGCAGGACCGAUGAGUGCCGGUGUGGUGGCCGCUCUUCUGUAUAAUUAUGUACUGACGUCCAGUCACGAGUCCUUCAGAGAAAAAACAAGAGCCUUGUUCUGCGGAGGCUCCUCGCCAGAAAGUGAGAAUCGGGAACCUCUGCUGGAGCAUGUUGAAGAUGUGAAAUGGUUAAAAGAGCCAGGAGUCUAAGUGGAAAAUAGGACAUUUUGUUUAAUUGUAUCCUAUAAAAUAAAUGUUUUCCUAACCUAAGGAGCUUCAUAUCCUGUGUGACCUGCAGCCCCCCCGCCCCCUUUCUGCACAUAAACCUGUUCAUCAUAAACACUGAGGCACAAUUUUACACAAGUUACAACUUCAAAAAGAGCAUUUCAUGUUUCUGUAAGCCACUUCACAUUUACUCUAAUUCCAAAACAUUUCUGCCAGUAGUUCCAAUUGUUGAGUCAAUUACCAGCUCAUGUGGCUGUAGGACAAGGCUUUGUCAUUCCUUGUCACCCUUCACCUGGUUCUGUGUGUGUG